CGCUAAAGCUGAAUGGCAUUAUCCAUUGCAGACAUAUCAUAUCAGGCCUGAUAUCACACGCUAACUUCAGAUAUUGUUUGCCUUUGCUGGGUGGAACAACGAGCAUGGGGUCCUUCAUUUUCUCGCGUGUUUUCUCGGGUUAUAUACAGGUAUUGUCGAAUUACGUAAAUGUCCGUUUGAUAUUUCCAAUGUCUAUAUAGGAUGUUUUGCUGUCGAUACUUCAAUGUCCAUUGGUCCAUUGAACAAACCGAAAUGUCCAUUGAUCCAUUCGUCCAAAGGACAAAUAAAAUGCCCAGUGAAUUUUUCCAAUCAUCCAUUGACACGAUGCAUAGCUAUUGGACGUGUAAGUUUUCCAGCAUGAUCGCAGUCUAUAGCGUUACAUAAAGUUUCUUUUUCGUUUUUACGCAGAUUGUGUACCAAAAUGAACUCUUCUGAAAGUCUUGACAUGGACAAUAUCGUUGAAAAUACAAAGGUAAACUAGAAAUCUCUUAAUGAAUUCGCAUUGGCAAUGUAAUAUCUAAUAUCUAAUAUCUAAUAUAUAAAAUCUAAUAUAUAAAAUCUAAUAUAUAAAAUCUAAUAUAUAAAAUCUAAUAUAUAAAAUCUAAUAUAUAAAAUCUAAUAUCUAAUUAACAGUUAGACAACGAGGCCGAGUUGUCUAUGAGCGAAUAGUCAACGAGGCGAAGCCGAGUUGACUAUUUGCUCAUAGACAACGAGGCCGAGUUUUCUAAUUGUUUUAGUAUAAACUUUAACAUUAAUUUACAACUAGGCUGCAAACACAAUACAAAAAUACACAAAAGCCAUUAUAAAACCAUUAAAGGUAAAUAAAUAUUUUAGUUUUUGUUCGCGUAAAAUGUUUUACAGAAUUCAGUUUUAAUUUUAAAAUUUCAUUGAGUGUAUGUUAUUUUGUCUAUUUUCUACCCUUAAAGAUUGCCAUUCCAUAUUUUUGUUGCUUUUUUCGGGGUUUUUUAGUACAGAAUUGUUCAACAAGUCGUCCAAAAAAUCAUCAGACACUUCGGCAAAAGGGCAAAACGCGAAUUUUCCGCCAUUUUGAAUUUUCUAUUAGUAGGCUAUCACUAAUAGCCUACUAGUAGCGUAGCCAAUCAGAAGCCACGAUAUGUGAUAAUAAUAACAUUUAAUAUCCAUCUUUGGUUAAAAAAGUACAAUGGAUUUACAAGAAGUGCUAAGGUUAAAAUUGAUAAGAAGAAAUUUUACUAUUAUUUACAUCAAUGUUGCUAAAAAUGUUUAUACUAGUUAUAUAUUCUAUAAAAUUAAUUUAGAACUGUUAUAAAAGGGAUAUAGCUCUAGGUAUAAAGGAUUGUCGGUGUCUUUUAGUAUACGAUACAACAUAUGGUAGAUUAUUUGUUAUUCUUAGAUCGUGUUCAUGGGUAAAAGGUUGGGGGAUAAGUUUAUUACAUGGGUUGGUCGGAUCACUUAGAAUUCUUUGGUAUUCCUUAACAGUUAGGUGUGCCUUCUUUGUUCUAGCGUUUCAAAGUUGCACCGAGAUGUGCCGAGGAUUUUGAUGCAUCUGUUUUGAAUGCUCUCUAUUUCAUCAAUGAGAUAUUGUGGUAAACCACCCCAUAUCGGAGCUGCAUAUUCUAAAACAGGUCUAAUCUUGGAUUCAUAACAUGUAAUACCGACCUCAGGAGGAAGAUUCGCCCUACGGCAUUCUCUCAGACUAAACAUUCGUUUAUUUGCUUUCCUUACAAUGUUCUUGACAUGACAGUUCCAUUUCAAAUUGUUUUGAUGCCAGACACCCAACAGUUUAUGAGAAUUUACUCUUUCCACUACCUCGUUUCCAAUGACCAAUGGUUCUGGUGCCGGUAUUGCUGUGUUAAAACAUAUCCACAUAUCUUUUGUUUUCUUCGAAUUCAUCGUUAUUUUGUUCCUAUUAGACCAUUCUUGUACUGCUUCAAGGGCCUCCUGCAUAUGGCUGGAUGAACCUUGUGAUACCACUUCGUCCUGUGUACAGUCAUCCGCGUAUUUGCAUAUGUUUAUGGAUAAUCCAUCUGGGAUUGAGUUCUCAAUAUCGUUAAUGUGAAUAUUAAAAAGAGCGGGGGACAUCACAGAACCUUGUGGGACCGAUGAUAGGGUUCCUGCUAGUUUGACCUGUUGUCUUUUAUCUUCCAGAAAACUACGUGUCCAUAGCCAAAAGGCUUUGGUUACAUUCAUUUCUGCGAGCUUACGAGGUAGAAUUCCGUGGUCAACAAGGUCAAACGCUUUGCGAAAAUCUAUGAAUAGUGCACGAACUCCAUUUUUGGCGCUAUGAGUAUUGUCGGUACAUUAAACCAGUUCUGCGAGAUGUUGGUGAGUGCGGACACGGUUGAUCGUUUGCUUGUAAAGACAUGCUGAUUAUCAUUUAUACGUGAACUGGGAAGGUUCAGUUUGAGCUGCAGCUUUUCCAGCACUUUAGCCAUUAUGGAUAUCUGGCGAAAGUCAUUCUCGAUAUCUCUUGGUGGAUUGACCUUCGGAACUAGGAUAACUAAGGCGUGUUUAUACGCAGUUGGAUAUUCACAUUCUUUUAUACUGGCGCAAAUAAUGUCAUGAACGAUGGGCGCUAGUUUUUCACAGUAUCGUUUAAGCACCCACGCUGGAAUCCCAUCGGACCCGGUGGCUUUUUUAGAGUUUAGUUGUUUCAAGGCAGUCUUAACCUGUCCAAUUGAGGGAGUAGGAGGAUUUUCUUGCCUCAGUGAUGACGCUACGUCUUCAAGACUAGGGAUUAUGGUUUCAGGAAGUUUUGACCAUGGUUUAGUAAAUAUAUUCUGCAGUAUUUCCACUGUAUCGGGAGUGCUGUCUGAGAUUAAGUUGUUGUUUAGAUUGUCACCUUCAAAGCCAUCUAACUGGGAUAUCGUCCUAUGCCAUUUUGCUGCAUCGUGUUUGCGUUUGCUUUUGACCUUAGAUGAAUAGAAUUCUACUUUAGCUUUCUUGAUAAGUGUAAUGAUCUUAUCAGCCAAUUGUCUAUAUUUGGUCAUGUUCUUCGCUGUAUUUCAGUAACUGAAAUUUGCUUUGUGAAUCUUAUGUCCUGUCUUUUAUGUUUAAUAAAUACCUUAUUAGAUUUUAAACAUUUCCCAGGCAGUGGAUUGCAUUUCCCAGACCCUAUAGAGUUUGAGUUGUUGGACAAGUUAGUGACCACAGGGGGCAACAGGCCCUCAACCAUGUGUUUUAUAAGGGGGGGAUAAUUUUGGCCCCCACCAAAAAAAAACAAUUUGAUUUCGAUACUAGAAGUAUUUUAAAUCAUAUUUACAUAUAAUCAAAUAUCUGUAAUCGAUAUUUUGAUAACAUUUCUCGUAAUAAUCCAUCCUGACUCGCGGAUAUCGAUCAUAGACUCACAAAUCAUAAUGAACGAAUUAAUGAAAGGGCCAAACAAAAGACGUAUAGAAGACUUUGAAAAUGCCAUUUCCGAUGAUUUAGAGACGCAAAAUUUUCAAAAUUUUUCCACUCUGUGCCAACCGUGGUGGCGCUUCGUGGGAGUCGGGAACCCUAAGUUUAUCAAGCUGGCUCCCUAAGUGACUGCCAAGUUGUGGUAUCUACAUGCAUAAACAUACUAUGCAAGUACUUAACUGCAGGUUCAGUCUAUCUACAGCAUAAUGUAAUGCUGUAUAUCCAAAAAUCUGUUUCAGAAAAUGCAGGGAAUUGCAGUCAUAGGGGUAGAAAAAUACAAAAAUUUUCUGGGGGAGAAAACCCCAGACCCUCUCCAGGGCCGUAGCAACCGCGCCCGAUGUGGGGGGGGGGGGCUGGGGGGCUGCAGCCCCCAGUAAUUUGCUAAUAAUCAUUCAUUUUUAAAAUCAUGCAGACCUUUAUUAUUUAAUCCAUGACAAACUGCAAAGAAUGAAGAUAUUACCCAUACUUUCCUGCAACUUAUCCAAUAUAUUGUUAAUUAAAUACACCUUCGUCCAUUUAGUACUACUGAAUUCUAAAUUUCCACAUACUAAAAACGCUGUAUUCUGACAAUCAGAAAUCUGUCAAAUCUUCCCCAAAGUCCAGGAAAUGGCAUUUCAGAGACUCUAAAUUUAAAAAUUUCCUCGGGCCUUCGGCCCUCGCUUUCAGCCCCCCCCCCCAAACGAAAAGAGCUUCCUAAGGCCCUGCUCUCCACCCCUCCUACUAUUAAAUGCGAUACCACACCAAACUUUUUGUUACCAACAAACCAUCUAUCAUUGCUCCACACUCGGUAUGGUAUGGUCCCUUUUUGUAGAUGGCCCCCCCACUGACGAAUUCUUAAAAAAUGCCCUGCUCGCUUUAAUCUCUUUUUUGAUAUAAGCCGUCAUCCAUGGCUAGUCAGACGCAUGGGUACGUAUCGUGGUUACAGGGAUUGUUUUAUCUAAUAUGUCUAUUAUAGUAUUUGUAAAAAGACUAACUUUGUUAUUGAUAUCUCGAGCCUCAAAUAUUGAUUUCCAGUCCUCAAGGUUUAAUUUUAGGCCGAGUGCAUUUAGGUUACAUGGUUUCGUUAGGCGCACUUUUCGAGUAGAAGGCCUCACGGUUUGUAUUGUUUUGGGACUAUACAACAAACAUUGAUGGUCAGAGCGACCAACUGGAGGCAGGUGCACCACUUCUUUAUAUAAAUCUGACAUGUUCGUUAGUAUUUGGUCCAAAGCUCUGGUGCCUCUUGUCGGUGCUUUUACAGACUUCUUCAAGUUAAAUCUUCUGCAUAGUCUACUCAGCUUCAUUUGAUUGAAAUCUCCCAUUAUGCAUGCACCAGCAGACGGGUAAUCUCGUAAGACAGAAUCAAGUCCCCUGGUAAUAUACUCAAUCAGUUCUCUUUCACUUUCUGCCGACUGCCCUGGGGGGAAGUAGACGCCAACUGCCACUAUAACGCUAAAAGGCCUAGGUGUUCUGGGGGGUUUAAGAAGCAGCCAUAGGACCUCUCUGUUAUCUUCGUCUAAAUUUUUAGACAUGUAGUUGGUAUACAAGCGUUCACAUAUGCUAAUACACCCCCUCCUGGUGUAAGUCGGUCCCGCCGAUAGGUAUUGAACAUUCUUCCAAUGCUUAUAGCAGAGUCGGGUAUAUUUGUAUUCAGCCAGGGCUCUGUAAUCAUAAUCAAGGAGGGACUGUUCAUUUCAACAAUAGCGUGUAGAUCGUCAACUUUGUUCGAAAUGUGACAAAUGUUCGUACGUUAGGAGGAUAGUUGGCAUGUUAGAUAUAGUUUUAUUAGCGGUUUGAUUAGUCGGUCUAGAAUUCCGUUUUGAAAUGUUUAAAGUAAUUAGGUUGGUAGGGUUGCGCCUAUUUCGUUUAUAUCUAUAAUUACGUGAUGAGAUUAUAACUGGAAUAUGAGCCAUUAUACGUAGGUUGAAUAUUUCCCAAGAUGGGUGCUACUUUUCUUUGACCACAUAGUUUGUGUUUCUUUCGAUUUCCAUGGCUUACAACUUAUGUAUUUAGGCCAGAAAUUAUCUUCCUGAAGCAAGGAACUGACGGCCGAAGGAACAUGGAUCUUAGAUGAGAUUGUUCCCCUGCGUCGACUUUUGAAAAUGGAAAUAUAAGUCGGGAUUAUAUUUCGUUUAUUAAGAAAAGAUAAGAUUUGGCUUUCUUUCACAUUCUCGUCUAUACCUGUUAGGCUGUUACGAGAAAUUUCUUGGUUUUACUUCUAUUUCGUUUGACAUCAAUAAAGCCAUCGAGGUCACUAGACAACUCGUCAAUUUCACGUUGUGAAUUCUGGGGGCUAGAUGUGGGUAUUUUGUUCGUUUUAGGCAUUGCCAUAGAUUUACGAUUUUUAGAGACAGAGGUGCUGCUACUUUUGCAUAUGUCACCUGAUCUCCUUCCACUUUAGUUUGUUCAGCGCCAAUUGAAUCAUUAGUUGAUAUAGGACGAGAUGCAGUAGACACAUCGUUCGACAAUUCUAUAGGUUCUACUCUUUCAAAUGAAGUAGAGGCAUUUUCAUUAGGUAUUGUAUGAUCACAUCCAUUGUUCUCGGUAGGAUUAAUCAGUUCAUUCGAGACAAUAGGGCUGCAUACUUUAGCUUUGUUACCAUUACAGAUGUUUUCCCGAUUUGCAUAUUCAAAAGACUCGUUCGUUAUAAUUGUUGACUCAGUCCGAAAUUCAUCAUCGGGAUCUUUUUAUUUCUAUCCAUAAACUCUUGAAAUUGGCAAUUGCCGUUCCUAUGUUAGAAAUCGAUUCCGAUAUAGCUUGGAUCGCUUCGGAAUUGGUUAAUUGGCCAAGCUUAAGACUUUCGAGGUCUUCACAAACAUCUUGCAUGCUUGAUUGCUUAGCAACUGAAAUGUCCUCGUCCUGCUUACAUAUCUGCUUGCAUAAUUCCUUCAUAACAUCGCCCGCUUUCUCGCCAUCAAGAUACAACAAGUUUUUAUUCUUUUUCCAUAUUAUUACUGAAUCAUCAAAGGUAAAUAGCUUUUUGUCACCGCCAGGUUGAGACCAUGUUCCAUUGAGCUGCAGAUCUUCGCUAACUAAUAUUUAUACUAAUAUCUAAUAUCUAAUGUCCAAUAUCCAAUAUCCAAUAUAUAAUAUAUAAUAUAUAAUAUAUAAUAUAUAAUAUAUAAUACAUAAUAAAUAAUAAAUAAUAAAUAAUAAAUAAUAAAUAAUGUAUAAUGUGUAAUGUAUAAUGCAUAAUGCAUAAUGCAUAAUGUAUAAUGUAUAAUGUAUAAUAUGUAAUAUGUAAUAUGUAAUAUGUAAUAUGUAAUAUGUAAUAUAUAAUAUAUAAUAUAUAAUAUGUAAUAUAUAUUAUAUAUAUAUUUAACAAUUAUACCAUUCGCUCUCGUCGUAUAUGAGCUGAUAGCCGACGAGGAGCGUAGCACCGAGUCGGCUAUCAGCCAUAUACGACGAGAGCGAAUGGUAUAAUUGUUUUAUAAUAUAGUCUAAUAGCCAUUAACUGAAGCAAUAUAAUUAAUUAUCCUCUGUUACAAUGUCUUGACAAUUUGUUCGGCCAAAAACCGCUUGGCCUCAAAAAUUUGAAAUACUUUUGUUUUACAUCUCGAAGAAUACUGUGAAAGAAAUGGUUUCAGAACCGGUAUAUCUCACAGAAAAGGUCAGAUAUAUUAUACAGAUGUUUGGUAGUAUAUAGUACGUUCUUGUUGACUGCAAAUUCAUUUGUCUAUCGUUGCAAACUUUUCUGAACAACUUAUAUUCUCACUGAACAUUUUUUUUUCUCUGUUGUUUCGGUAUUAAUUCUUUAAAACAACUUGUAUUUAAACUAAUUUGUAUGAAAUAAAUGUAUUUGCUAACCUGUCAAAUUUUUUGAGAGUUUUUCCUUGUACUAUCAUCUUUCUCAAAGCGAAUAUUUUCCUUUUUUCUGCUUCGCAAAACUGCAUGUAGUUUUUAGACCGCCAUCUUGUUUUUCGCUACUCGUCGUAUAUCACCUCAUAUACGGCGAGUAAUUCAACCAAUCAGAUUGUAGAACAGCUCACAUACGGUGAAUGACUAUAUAUAUAUAUAUAUAUAUGUAGCGGUUUUUGAGUUGUUUUCAGACGAGUGUAUACCAAACCGGGCAAGCAGAAAAUUCUACUUGACCGCGGCUGGGAUUCGAACCCGCGACCUUCGCAUUUCUAGAACGAUGCUCUACCUUCUGAGCUACAAGGUCAAGCUGAGAACGACGUGUUAAGUUAUGAUGUUAUGAUGUUAUUCGCAUUUCAUUUGGUAUACACUCGUCUGAAAACAACUCAUAAACCGCUACAUAACGUAACACGAGUGGAAUCGUCAACGUGGGAAACCACAACAUUCACAUACAACAUUGCCAGACUAAUAGCUGGCUAUACGCAUUGAAGGACUAACCUCCGAAAUGCAACUAACAUCAUAACUUAACAAGUCGUUCUCAGCUUGACCUUGUAGCUCAGAAGGUAGAGCAUCGUUCUAGAAAUGCGAAGGUCGCGGGUUCGAAUCCCAGCCGCGGUCAAGUAGAAUUUUCUGCUUGCCCGGUUUGGUAUACACCCGUCUGAAAACAACUCAAAAAACCGCUACAUAACAUUACACGAGUGGAAUCGUAAACUUGGGAAACCACAACAUUGUCAUAAAUAUAUAUAUAUAUAUAUAUAUAUAUAUAUAUAUAUAUAUAUAUAUAUAUAUAUAUAUAUAUAUAUAUAUAUAUAUAUAUAUAUAUAUAUGUAGUUAGAUAUCGCUCUAUGGCCUUUAGGUCAUAUUGAGCGCUCUACAGGAUGAGCCAUGCCGCUUACGCAUUGCGCACGCUCACUGCUUGCAGUUUGAGCGCUCUGGCAUGGUUUUGAUGUCCCACAUUCGUGAGGCAUCAAAGGUGACUGUAAAUAGCAGUCACUUUCAUCCUGCUCAUCAGCACUACACUGAUGAGGCCCAUAAGGCCGAAACGGUACCGUCUGUAGUUAUAUAUAUAUAUAUAUAUAUAUAUAUAUAUAUAUAUAUAUAUAUAUAUAUAUAUAUAUAUAUAUAUAUAUAUAUAUAUAUAUAUAUAUAUAUAUAUAUAUAUAUAGAUAUAGAGAUAUAUAUAUAUAUAUAUAUAUAUAUAUAUAUAUAUAUAUAUAUAUAUAUAUAUAUAUAUAUAUAUAUAUAUAUAUAUAUAUAUAUAUAUUUUGAAAUACCAAUAUACAGUAUCUCAAUUUCCCUCAAUACAGUAUACAGUAUCUCAAUUCCCCUCAAUAUAGUAUACAGUAUCUCAAUUCAAUAUUUUGAAAAACCAAUAUACAGUAUCUCAAUUCCCCAAGUUUCGACAAUGUUUAUAUUAAACUCGUUGAUAUAUAUAUAUAUAUAUAUAUAUAUAUAUAUAUAUAUAUAUAUAUAUAUAUAUAUAUAUAUAUAUAUAUAUAUAUAUAUAUAUAUAUAUAUAUGUAUAUAUAUAUAUAUGUAUAUACAUAUAUAUAUAUAUAUAUAUAUAUAUAUAUAUAUAUAUAUAUAUAUAUAUAUAUAUAUAUAUAUAUAUAUAUAUAUAUAUAUAUAUAUAUAUAUAUAUUAAUUUAGCAUCGAACAAUACUAGUUCAAUCUGCAAGUGUGAUGUUAAGUUGUGUAAUUGUACACUCCGUAAUAUGUUAGGGUGAAAAUGUUCUAGAGUGUGUAUUAUAUAAUUUCCAUACCCAGCGCAAGCAGAAAGAUGUUGUCUGCCGCGGCUGGGUCUUGAACCCGCGACCUUCAAAUUACUAGAUCGACGCUCUACCAACUGAGCUACACGGUCAGACGGAUUUAAGACUGGAAAUGGAAAUUAUAUAAUACACACUACGCAAUAAUUAUAUAACUACAAUAAUUAUAAUUAUAAUUAUUAUAAUAUAAUUAUAUUAUAAUAAUAUUAUAAUUAUUAUAAUUAUUAUUAUUAUAAUUAUAAUUAUAUAAUGCACAAUACGCUAUGUAUGGAAAUUAUAUAAUACACACUCUAGAACAUUUUCACCCUAACAUAUUACAGAGUGUACAAUUACACGACUUAACAUCACACUUGCAGAACUAGUAUUGUUCGAUGCUGAAUUAAUAUAAACGAGUAUGUUUAUGACAUUCAGUAUAUAUUUCAUAAUUUCCAGUCUUAAAUCCGUCUGACUGUGUAGCUCAGUUGGUAGAGCGUCGAUCUAGUAAUUCGAAGGUCGCGGCAGACAACAUCUUUCUGCUUGCGCUGGGUAUGGAAAUUAUAUAAUAUACACUCUAGAACAUUUUCACCCUAAUAUAUAUAUAUAUAUAUAUAUAUAUAUAUAUAUAUAUAUAUAUAUAUAUACUACACAUUAUGCCUAAGCCUUUAUGCGCACGCUCACUGCAUUUCACAGUUUAAAAACGGCGAUAAAGCACAUAAGUCAAGACAUUGUAGCGCCCUUCAAGGAAAGCUCAAACAACGGCAACUGUGGACAGCUGUUUCGCCCUUUUUGGGGCUCAUCAGCACAGUGCACCGAUGAUGAGCUUCCACAUACCAAGAAUAUAUAUACUAUAGAAUCAAGAAAAUGCCAAAACCAUAUGCAGAUAAUUAGCUUUAACAUUUAAAACGUUAACUGUCCUAGUAUGAAUGUAAAAGAAAUAUUUAUGCACAUGUAUAGGUGUAGUAUUACGUGUGCUAUUUGUAGUGUGUGUUGAAAAUAACUUUAGUCACUGUGGUCUGAAUUUGUAAUAUGCAUGUAAGAUUGUAAAAGACUAUACCUAUACAUAGUAUAGCUAGUAUGCUGAGAGCUAAAAGCGAGGUUAGAAUAAAAUAUUUUGAAAAACCAAAUAAUAUACAGUAUCUCAAUUCCCCAAGUUUCGACAAUGUUUAUAUUAAACCCUUUGCUCUGGCGCUUCAGUAUUUUGAAGGAAAUACAAGCUAGCGAAGUUCAAAAGUUACACACCGGUCUAGUGUGAACAUUUUCUAGCUUUGUCUUUUAUCUAACACACCUGACACUAUGUUGUAAUUUUGAGUUUGAAAAAAUAUGACAACACGCUUUGAAUGACAAGGAAUAUUAUAUUAUAUCAACAAGAAAAACAUGGCUUAUAUUGCCUUGUGGUCAUUUACAUAAAUAUAUACAUAAUUAUUCGAAAGGAAGUAAUUUACCGGAAGUGUAUAGAACUAUGACACACUGCAUUAGUAAUAACUUAUUAAUAAUUACAACAACAAUGACGACAAACAAUGGUCACGUAUGUCAACAUUUUGCGCAGAUACAUGCACGCCUAGCGUAUCUAUGUUUUUGUUUGUAACCCUUUUUUUGCCCUGACAUAUUUAUAUGAUAGAAUAGUUCGGAAUUAUUUUUCCCUAGUAUAUCUGAACAUAUAUUCAUUUUAACUUUGCUGCAGAAAUUGAAGAUCAAGACCACAGUCGAUUCGAAGGAAAACGUAGGGAUACAUUUUUGUGCUGAUAAAAAUAAGGAAAAUGGCAAAGACGAGACAGCUCUUUUCAAUGCUGUGGAAUAUGGUAAACAAGACAUGGUCAGAUACUUAGUUGAAAAUUGUGGUGUUGAUGUAAAUAAGGAGAAUAAAGACGGUAAAACACCUCUUCUCAAUGCUGUGGAAUCUGAUAAACCAGAAAUGGUGAAAUACUUAGUUGAGAAGUGUGGUGCUGAUGUAAAUAAAGAGAAUAAAGACGGUGAAACAGCUCUACUCAAUGCUGUGAGAUAUGGUGGACAAGGAAUAGUCAAAUACGUAGUUGAAAAUGGUGGUGCCGAUGUAAAUAAGGAGAAUAAAGACGGUGAAACAGCUUUUUUCAAUGCUGUGAAAUAUGAUAAACAAGACGUGGUCAAGUACUUAGUUGAAAAUUGUGGAGCUGAUAUAAGCAAGGUAAACAAGGAGGAUAGAAACGGUGAAACAUUCCUUUUCAAUGCUGUGAGAACUGGUAACGAAGACCUGGUAAAGUACUUGAUUAAAAACUGUGGUGCUGAUGUAAAUAAGGAGAAUAAAAAAGGUGAAACAGCUCUUCUCACUACUGUGAGAUAUGGUAAAUACGAAAUGGUCAAAUACUUAAUUGAAAAUUGUGGUGCUGAUGUAAGCAAGGUAAAUGAGGAGGAUAGAAACGGCGAAACAGUCCUUUUCGAUGCUGUGAGGACUGGUAACGAAGACCUGGUAAAGUACUUGAUUAAAAGUUGUGGUGCUAUUGUAAAUAAGGAGAGUAGAUACGGUAAAACAAUUCUUCUCACUGCUGUGGAGUUUGGUGGACAAAACCUGGUCAAACACUUGAUUGAAAAUUGUGGUGCUGAUGUAAAUAAGGAGAAUAUGGAGGGAGAAACAGCUCUUCUCAAUGCUGUGAGAUAUGGUACACAAGAAAUGGUCAAAUGCUUAGUUGAAAAUUGUGGUGCUGAUGUAAAUAAGGAGAAUAAACACGAUGAAACGGCCCUUUUAACUGCUGUGAAAUUUGGUAAGCAAUACAUAGUCAGGUACUUGGUUGAAAAUUAUUGUCGUGCUGAUGUAAAUAAGGAGAAUAAGUACGGUCAAACAGUUCUCUUUAAUGCUGCAAGAUAUAAUGAAGAAGCGGACGUUGUCCAGUACUUAGUUAACAAUUGUGGUGCUGAUGUAAAUAAGGAGAGUAAUUACGGUGAAACAGCUCUUUUCAAUGCUGUGAGAUACGGUAAUCAACAAAUAGUGAAAUACUUAGUCGAAAUUUGUGACGUUGAUGUAAACAAGAAGAAUAAAGACGGUGCAACAGUUCUCUUCAAUGCUGUGAGAUAUGGUCAACAAGAAAUAGUCAAGUACUUGAUUGAAAAUCGUGGUGCUGAUGUAAAUGAGGAGAAUAAAUACGGUGAAACAGCUCUUUUCAAUGCUGUGAGAUAUGGUAAUCGACAAAUAGUCAAAUACUUAAUCGAAUAUUGUGGCGCUGAUGUAAACAAGGAAAACAAAGACGGUGAAACAGUUCUCUUCAAUGCUGUGAGAUAUAGUCAACAAGAAAUAGUCAACUACUUGGUUAAAAAUCGAGGUGCUGAUGUAAAUAAGGAGAAUACAAGAGGUAAAACAGCUGUUUUUAUUGCUGUAGAAAAUGCUAACAAAGACAUGGUUCAGUACCUAGUUGAAACUUGUGGCGCUGAUUUAGACCCCAAUCUUUGCGAGCGUGUGAAAUCUACUGAUCCAAGAAUUGUUGCCAAGGAUUAAUUUGGGCAUGGAGGCGAGGUAUUUGGAGAAACAAACAUGGUAAGACAGCUUUACUGGAUCAGAAAUUGUUGACUAUGCGUAGUCGAACGGAAAAAAGACAAACUACAUAGAGGAUAUUACGUACACGGUAGCGCGAAGAUAUGACAUUUAUCUUCGAGUAGUGAAAACAAUAUUUUACGAAUGAGCGCAGCGAGUGAGUAAAAUAUUGUUUUUAACACGAGAAGAUAAAAGUCAUAUCUUCAAGCCACCGUGUAAUGUUCUGUUUAUUAUAUAGUCCCAAGCAAAAAAUUGUAUAAAUAGCCUACUAAAAGUCACGUGAUUGAUUUCUUCAUUAUUGAAGAUAUGGAAAAUAUCUCACUGUGUAUUUCUACUAAUAAAAUGUUGUAUCUGCUAAUUCAUGUACUAGCCAUUAUGAAAUACUAGUUGGGUAUGCAGUAAUAGAUCUACUAUGCCGCGAAUUUCGGUUUACUGUAAAUUUAUGUCUUUAGAUAUUUAGUUAAGACCUUGAUAAAACAAUGUAAAUCUGUACAAAAAUUGUAGUGGCGGACAAGUCUUACACAAUGUUGUAAUGAAAACUUUAUUGAUACAAGUUUUUUUAAUUAACCUAUAUAUACAAUUGUAAAUUUAACUAUUAAUGUAGUUAAUUAACAAUUGGCUACAUGAAGCACAAAUCAUUAUAUAUGUAUACUAAAUUUGCUGUCACAAAAAGAAAAUAUACAUAUUACAUAUAUAUGUCUUACGUAUCAUGGAAAUAAAUGUCUUAAAUGUGCUAAAAUAAAAUAUGAUAGGGUCUCGAGUGGGUGUCGUGGACUGAGUCCCAUUGUUUAUCAAAAUUUUAUUUCCAUUUUCGUUGGGCUAAG